AUGUUCUCUUCGUAUGCCGACCGGUUCUUGUUUUAUCUUGAUCCAGUCCGCCGUAAAGUGCUUGUACUUGGGGCCUCGUUCCGUAAUGAACAGGACCUCGCCACGGGCAGCGGAGCCGGCGCUGGCGCAGCACAGCAAUACAGCGCAGCCGGCGCUGGCACAGGCACGGCAAUACAGGGCAGCCAGCGCCGACCCCAGCACAGUAAUACAGCGGAGCCGGCGCCGGGCCAGCACAGCAAUACAGCGGAGCCAGCGCUGACGCAGCACAGCAAUACAGCGCAGCCGGCGCUGGCACAGGCACGGCAAUACAGCGCAGCCGGCGCUGGCACAAGCACGGCAAUCAGGGCAACCAGCACUGGCGCAAGCACGGCAAUACAGGGCAGCCAGCACUGGCGCAAGCACGGCAAUACAGGGCAUCCGGCGCUGGCACAAGCACGGCAAUACAGGGCAACCGGCGCUGGCGCAAGCACGGCAAUACAGGGCAGUCGGCGCCGGCGCAAGCACGGCAAUACAGCGCUGCCGGCGCUGCCACAAGCACAGUACAGGGCAGCCAGCGUUGUGCAGGCACACCACAGGUGA